UGAGAGUGAGUUGAGUAACAAAGAGAGUGUGGGAGAACCCUCCCCCCCGUCAAAUGUAUCGAUGGAUCCACACCUUCAUAACCCAACUCUUCUUCAGCUUCGCGCAGAUGGCCAAAGUGUUCAAGCCAGACCGUGAAACUGUUCAGCCAAUAGAUUAGUUAUUUAACUCUUCAUCCACUGCUUUGUUGUACUUAGUGUGUAGUGAAAGUCAAAGUAGCCACACACCCUCUGGCCCAAAAGCACUUGGCCACACGUGAAUGCCUGCCGGUCUCCCAGCGCACUCCACGCUUGCGCUAGUUAUGCCAUGCCGCGAAGUCAUACCGGCGACGAAAGCGGCGGCAGCGGGAUCUGGCUAAAGACCUCGACUGGACGUCGGGGGCAGGACUACCCACUAAAAGAUGUGGAGUGCGGACGGCAGACUAUGAAUAACGUUGUGGGUGUCGGGGACGGUCUCCUGUCUCCAGCCGCGGCAGGUGCGGUGGGAGCGGAGAGGAAACAGGGCGCCCGCCUGAGUCUGCUGGGGAAGCCGCUGACCUACAGCGCGCAGAGCAACCGCAGAAACGCACGCUACCGGCGGCUCCAGAAUUACCUCUACAACGUUUUGGAAAGACCGAGGGAAUGGGCUUUUGUUUACCACGCUUUUGUGUUUAUCCUGGUAUUCGGAUGUCUAGUUCUCUCUGUGUUUUCCACCAUCCCUGCUCACCAGGAGUUCUCAUCGCACUGCCUGCUCAUCCUGGAGUUUGUGAUGAUUGUAGUGUUUGGCCUGGAGUACAUCAUCCGAAUAUGGAGUGCUGGCUGUUGUUGCCGCUAUCGAGGCUGGCAGGGACGUCUCCGCUUUGCCAGAAAACCGUUUUGUGUCAUAGACAUCAUCGUACUUAUCGCCUCAGUUGCUGUGGUUUCAGCUGGUAGCCAGGGUAACAUCUUUGCCACAUCUGCGCUGCGUAGCCUUCGCUUCCUUCAGAUCCUGCGCAUGGUGCGCAUGGACCGUAGGGGAGGGACCUGGAAACUGCUUGGAUCUGUAGUUUACGCACAUAGUAAGGAGCUGGUGACUGCCUGGUAUAUAGGGUUUCUGGUGUUGAUCUUCUCCUCCUUCUUGGUCUAUCUGGUGGAGAAAGAAUUCAACAAGGAGUUUGCCACCUACGCUGAUGCUCUGUGGUGGGGCACGAUCACCCUUACAACUAUUGGCUACGGUGACAAGACCCCACAGACGUGGACGGGGCGGUUAUUAUCAGCGUGUUUUGCUCUGCUGGGGAUCUCCUUCUUUGCCCUGCCAGCUGGCAUCCUAGGUUCAGGCUUUGCCCUGAAGGUGCAGGAGCAGCAUCGACAAAAGCACUUUGAAAAAAGGAGGAACCCAGCUGCCAGCCUCAUCCAGGCAGCUUGGCGUAUGUACUCCACCGACGGUGCUCGUCCCUACCUCAGAGCCACCUGGCACCACUACCAAAGCGCUCUCCCCCCCCUCAGGCAUGUAUCCCCUCCACCAGCACCACCACCAUCACUGCCCCACCUCCCUUCAACAUCCCCCAACCGCACCGCAUCAACACUCCCCCCGAAAACUAAUCAGUGUGUCUGGCGUAGUUAUGCUGCUGAUGAGAACUCGGUUUCCAUUGCUACCUGGAAGCCUCAUUUGAAGGCGUUGCAUACCUGCAGCCCCGCCAAGAAAGAGCAGGGCGAGGCUACUUACAGUAAGGGUCUAAGUAAUGGAAGGCUCUUCAGAAGGUAUUCUCGGAAAUAUAGGAGUCAGAAGUUGAGCUUUAAGGAACGGGUCCGCAUGGCGAGCCCUCGUGGUCAGAGUAUGAAGAGUCGGCAGACGUCCAUGAAUGACCGCCAACGCUGUUCCCCUGGCAACGAGAUGGUGGGCAGCACAGAACUGAUGGGCGGCAGCCCUGCCAAAGUGCAGAAGAGCUGGAGCUUCAAUGAUCGGACCCGGUUUAGGCCGUCUCUGAGGUUGAAGAGCCAGCCUCGUACAGCUGUCCCAGAUGUGGACACAGGCAUGACCACAGAGGAAUCCUUUGAUGAGCGAGGGUGCCACUGCGAUGUUACUGUGGAGGAUCUAUCAGCACCUCUCAAGGCUGUCAUCAGAGCUGUCAGGAUCAUGAAGUUCCACGUAGCAAAGAAGAAGUUUAAGGAGACGCUGCGUCCGUAUGAUGUGAAGGACGUGAUUGAGCAGUACUCUGCAGGUCACCUGGAUAUGCUCUGUCGCAUCAAGAGCCUUCAGACCAGACUAGACUCUGUAGUGGGUCCUCCUCCAAGGCCUUUGCGCAGCCGUGGAAAGACCUUUUCCUCUCCCUCCCUGCAUUUAUAUUACAGCCAGACCAGCAGGAAACGGUCGACACCGGGGGUGGAUCAGAUCUUGGGAAAAGGCCAGAUUCCUGUGGAUAAAAAAAUGAGGGACAAACUGCACCCAGAUGGAGACUCCCUAGAGGGCAUGAGCAUGCUUGGACGUGUGUGUAAGGUGGAGAGGCAGGUAACUUCCAUUGAAUCAAAGCUGGACUCUUUGCUGGAUAUUUACCGCCAAGUCCUACAGAAAGGCCCCUCAGCACUCACCCUCUCCUCCCUCCCCCUGUUUGAGCUGGAGAACCAGCAUCAUAACUCGGACUACCCGACCUCAAUCAUUGGCAGGGAUCUUCCCUCCCAUCAGGGAGGUGAGCCUGUUGGAAGCGGAGGACACAACAGUGGCGGCAUGCGUCGUUCUCUCAAUCCCAACCCGAGAGGCUUGCGGCUCAUACUGGCACCAGCUGAUGAUGAUGCUCCUCCGGACUCAGCCCCUCCAUCCUAUCCACCAUCCACAGCCUCGCUCUCCCCAUCACCUCUGCUGCCCCCUGAUAGCCCUUAUCCAACUUUGGUCACCACCAAUGGUACCCCGAAAAAAGCACACUUCCCUGAUCUGCCGCCCCCACCUUCCUCGACGGGGAAUUUCACUCUUCAACUCCCCCCUAUGGUACAUCCCUCUCACCUCCGAUGCCCUGCUGACCCGAUCUCAGAUGAUCUGACAGAUGGAGUGGCAGUGGACGAGGAAAGCUCUGGCCCCUCUGUUGUUGUAGGAUGCAGUGUGGAUUCUGACCAAGAAGGUGACAACGAGGCAGCCUUUGGCCAGGGAACGGUUCAGCUGCGGGAGAAGCCUGGCUUGAAAGCUGAGGGGGUCUGGAGGAGGCACAUGAGCCUUGAGGUGAAGCCCUUGCUGCUUCUCUCUUCGAGCCCAGAUGGGAUGGCUUCAGACUGGGAAGGUGGUCUUGGGAAGUCGAUCUCUGUGCAGAACCUCAGUCAACCUUUGACCAACCGUGCCCCUGGUCUCUCCUCUGCACUCAACAACAGCAGCAGCAGCAAUGGUAGCGAACGCAGCACUGCCCAUGAUGAUCUUAACAACUGGGAUGAUACAAAACUCUUUAUUAGAGAGUGCAAAUUACAAACAUCAGAGGAACAUUUCGACUUCCUGUCACAGGGACCUGGAAGCAGCACCUCAGACCUUUUAAAGACUGUGGAGGAGGCUGCACCUCACCCAAAAGGAAAGUCAGAGUUUCUCAGUCAGUCCUCACACAUACAGCUGGCAUAACCACACUUACUGACAGACACACAUUUCCAUACUGUAUGUAAACACCACUGUGGGUGAAGCCACUUUUUAAAAUAUUUUUACAGGGCAGUAAACAGAUUAUGUUGCAAGUUUUACAAAUAAAUCCUUUCUAUAUGAACAAUGUUUUGAUAUUUUGUCUAACACUUUUAUUCCCAGUUGCAUACACACUUUUCAUAGGGUACUAAAAUUACUACAGCCUAUACAGUAAAUGAAUGUACACGUAUGUAUGCAAGUGGCCAUACUCAUGUAAGACAAAAUAUACAAUCAAUACACAAAAAUGAAAAUAACCUUACUGGAAAAACAAUAUUUUGUUUUUAUACAAAAAUGACCAAGUUUUUCAUAUUUACUAUCAUAAAUUAAAGAAAAAGAUGCUUAAUUUGAAGAGGAAUCUUGGAAGGAAUCCUAAUUUUAUUUCUAGAUCCAGACUUGUUGGAAAAGCUGUAGAUGCCAAUCAAAUAAUGGGGCGCAUUGUGAGAAACGGUUACUGUCCAACAAUUUUACAUUUUUGCUGAGUCUGACUCAGCAGCAAACCCAGUUUCGAGUCUAACUUUUCACUUUACAAAUUAAAGGAUAAUGGAAGAAGAAUGCUGAAUAACUGUCUCACAGCCAGAACUACUUCACUCUAACUCAUUGGUCAGCUUCUACGCACGUGGUGAAACCAGCAAUCACAUGUACAUGCACAUCCGCCGAACUCUUUUACACUCUGACAGUUGUGACCAUUAACAAUAACUACUACUACUCUAAGAAAGGCCAACAUGACAAAGAGCUGAGACUGACUAAGAACUUUUCUUGGAAGAAGCAGAGAGUCACUCACUCUGCUAGUUCACUGUCUGUCUUUGGCAACUUAAAAUUUCAUCUUUUACUUACUCUAUGCUUUCAUACAUAUCACUACAUGGACAGUUUGAAAAACGAAAUAUAAAUAAAGGGAAUAAAGGGUGAGGCCUGGUGUGAGAAAAACAGCUGAAGUAUAAAAACUUAAAGGUUGAACCAGGGUUGCAUGUGUGCAGACUACAGAAAUCUCGUUUUCUUCAUUUCCUACAAUUGCUGAAGUGUUUGUUAAUGUUGAUGUGGUUGGAUUGUUGGUCUAAUCUGUCAGCAAACUGUAACUAAAUUUGAAUGCAGCAGACCUAAUGGGAAGAAAUGUCCUAUCAGCACUGACUUAAAACAAGUGUUGGAAUUUCUCCCACUUGGUUUGGAUAGUAGCCCAGUAAGUUGGAUGCAGCUGUUUUGAAUAUUGAACUGUGGUAGACUUUUAAGUGGGCUUUCUCAGCCAAGCAUGAGAUGCUGCAUGUCUAAGCUGUAAUUCAAAAGUGCUCAUGCAUUUCCUGGUGACUCAGACCUCCAUCUGCAUGUCAAAAUAAUGUUUGCUCCAAACUUUUAACAAAACGGUACGAACAAAGUCUGCCUACAUGAUCAAUAUUAUCUGAACUAAUUUGAUAGAAGUUAAAACCUCUGUUGCUACUUAUGUGGAUAACCCACUUACUAUUUUAUGACAAAACUACAACAUUUAAAGGCCAUUCGUUGUGAUCAAACUAGAAAAACCUCAUUGAUAUUUUCUGUGACUUCUCUGAUGAAGACUGAUCUUAGAUUGAGAUUAUAUGUGGCUUAUAUAAGGACUCUUUUCACCAGGAUGUUGGUACGCACUUCAUCCUCACUCACCUCAGUCCUAAUUAGAAUAUUUAACCAUUCUGGGUUUUAUUGUCACUAUCUCGAAAAUGACUAAAGUGGACCGUUUAUAUUAUGGUACAUUUAAUCUUUAAGGAGAUGUAGAGGCUUGUAUGUUUUCAGUGUUAGAUUUUUGAAAAACUGGUGUCUUGAAAGUGUCUUAAUAAACAGUGUUUGUAUUGCUGCCUUUCUUUCUUUUAGAUAGGUUGACUGGUGUUUAAAUGAGAAUUAUGCACAAAAACUAUGUCAGCCAUCUUCAUUUUUGUUAGUCAUUUUGAUUUGUUUUGUAUGUUGUCACAGAAGUCUUAAAAUGUAUUGUUUGUGCUAUUCGUGUCCUUUUAUUCAUCAUUUUUUCUGUUAUAUCCCCAGAGAGUUAAGUGCAUUUCUUAGAAUAUUAACAUCCUAUAAAAGAAUAUAGCGAGUAUUAUCUUCUGUCAAAUGACAACUGCUAACACUUGUAGACUGAUUUUAAAGUGUUUUAUAGACCAUGCAGAAGUUGUUCUGGUAUGAUAAAAUAUAUUGUCAUCAUGAAAGCACAGUGUGUUUCUGUUGAGAUUGACCUGGAAAUGUGACAUUGUAGUUUAUGCUUAUGUAAUAUUGACAUAGAUUUGAGUUGUAGCUAUUGAUUGAGCUUUGUUAAAAAUGAGAACAGGCCAAAUCCAUAAGCAACAAUGAAGCAAAACACCAAACACAGAUGGGACAACCUUAAAAACUGCAAUUGUUGCCCUCCCCCUCCCAAAGAAAACAUGCCUAUUUUUGCUGUCGGUAUAUUGCUUGAGAAUCCUCCUAUUAUUUUUUUCUUCUUCACGGAGCUAUAAAGGCCUCGUUUGCCUACAGACUAUGCAUAUUGUAUAGUUGAAGUCAAACUCCUGCUUUUCAGUUGGGCAUCCAGUUCACUUAAGUUAUGUCGCCUUGGUCACAGACUUUAUAUGGCUUUGAUGGCUAAUAAUACCAUUUCUGUAUUGCUUGAACGAUAAUUUAUUACACAACUGGCCUUAAAGCUUGAUAAUGUUAACUUUAUUAUUUCUUUGAAAUUAAUUUAUUAAAGUGCACACUAUGUUCUCUGGAUGAGAAAUGCAAAGAAUUUUAUUAUUCAUUAAUA